AUGGCGGACGACACCGCCGGAGCCAGGGAGGAGCAGGCCCGCAGGGCGCAGGCGCUCGCCGAGAAGUGCUUCCUGGCGGGCAACGUCCACGGCGCGCGGCAGUGGAUGCAGUCCGCGGUCAGGCUCGCGCCGGGGCUCCCCGGCGCGGCGCGGGUCGCGGCGGCCUACGACGUGCACGCCGCCGCGGCGCGGGGGCCGCCCGAGUGCUGGCUCUGUCUCCUCGUGCACCCCGACAAGAACCCCUGCGCCGCCGCCGACGGUGCGUUCAAGCUCGUCCACGCCGCCUGGGAAGCGCUCUCCGCCAGGCACCCGCCAGGCGCGGCGCCGGCCAGGGCCAGCCAACCCGCACCACAGCCGCAGUACCGCCAGCAGGCCACGCCGCCGAGGCCGCGGCCGCAGGUCGUGCAGAUGCAGCGGAGGCCUCCUGCGACGGCGUCGAGGGCUGCUGGGGCGCCGACGACGUCGAGCUACGCGCACCAGGCGUCGAGGCCCCCGGAGAAGGGCUCGCGGAGCUCGCCGCUGCCUCCGAAGGGCCCAAGGCCCACUUCGCCUGCCAGGGACAAGUGCCCGGCCUGCGGCGCGUGCACCACCAACGGGAAGAGGAGCUUCCGGUGCGGGAGCUGCCGGGGCCGCCCCGCGGACGAUCGGCCGCCGGACGACGACGACGACUUCUUCGAGGACGACUACUACUAG